CUGACGUGUCACGUGACUGACCGUCGCCCAGGUUGUGUCGAAAGCAUCCUGGUGUUAGCAGUUAGCUAGCAGCUGACAAAAACAAUAAGUGAGCUGUAAAUAUCUUUAACAUGGACGAAUCAUGAACUUGGCUUUAGUGGAGACAAAGAAGAUCAGGAACUACCCAAACUGGCCUUUUACCAACAUGGUCUGAUAGCUGAUAGACGAAGAGGCCAUUUAACACCGCUAACUAAAACAGCGUUAACGACAGCUAACGUUCAAAGUUUGACGGGCAACAGGAGCAAAUGCGUUAGCUAGCUGCUAGUUUGCCAGUUUACUACAAACCACAACAGCUGGAUAGGUAACAUGUCUAGUUAUCGUAGCAAUUUUGUUAACUAACUAGCGGUGUACGCACUGAGUAAUAACGCGUCGUGUCUGUAAAAUUAGCGAAAACGUUAUAACUGAGUAACGUCAGGUAACGUUAGUUAGUGAAUGACUGCUAGUAAUGCUAACGUUAGCCACUUAAACUUCAGGGUAACACAUAUGUGACAGUUACUCAAAAUCAGUGUUGAAUGUCUUUGUCAUAGUCAGUUGUGAAAUAAAGCGAAUGAUUGCUUAACGCAGUGAGCAGCUACUAUCUGAUAACAACACGUCUGUGGUUUUUUUUUAGAUUGAUUUCGGCCAAUCACAUGAGAUAAAUAAUGCGAAACACCAGGAUGUCAAGCGAAUCGGGAUUAAUGUCUGGGCAGCAGUAUUGUGCAGGAAACACAUCUGUCCGGUCAUUUCGAUAAUCCCUGUAUUCUCAGUAAUGCAGCUACUGUAGGUUGUUGUUUUUUAAUAGCUGAGAGUUUAGUGUAACAUCUUGUAAACACCAAAACAUUUGGCAACCCAGUUCAUCUUCGACAGUCUCUACAGGGUACAGUCUACUUUUCUGUAAGUUAUGCCUGGGGACGCAUCUGAUAGUGGUGAUGACUCCGAUGCAAAAACAAACGAAACAGCCUGUACCGUCAAGCAUCAAAUCACCAAUGCUAACCUCACAGGACACACUGAGAGGGUCGGCAUGGAGAACUUUGAGCUGCUCAAAGUCUUGGGCACUGGAGCUUAUGGAAAAGUGUUUUUGGUCAGGAAGAACAGCGGCCACGAUGCAGGCCAGCUUUAUGCAAUGAAGGUGCUAAAGAAAGCAGCUAUCGUUCAGAAGGCAAAGACAACGGAACAUACUCGCACGGAGAGGCAGGUGCUGGAGCACAUCCGCCAGUCUCCCUUCCUGGUCACACUCCAUUAUGCCUUUCAGACGCAGAGCAAGCUGCAUCUCAUCCUGGACUAUGUGAGCGGCGGGGAGAUGUUCACUCAUUUGUACCAGCGGGAUCACUUUCCAGAGGAAGCGGUGCGGAUUUAUAUUGGGGAAAUAAUCCUUGCUCUGGAGCACCUGCACAAGCUUGGGAUUGUGUACCGAGACAUCAAAUUGGAAAAUAUUCUUCUAGACAAUGAAGGACAUGUGGUAUUGACUGAUUUUGGGCUCAGCAAAGAGUUUCUGGUCGAAGAGAAGGAAAGGACCUACUCUUUCUGUGGCACUAUUGAGUACAUGGCACCUGAAAUCAUCCGGGGGAAGGCGGGACAUGGCAAGUCGGUAGAUUGGUGGAGCCUCGGGAUCCUGAUGUUUGAGCUGCUGACGGGAGCAUCUCCUUUUACUUUGGAGGGAGAGAGGAACUCCCAGAGCGAGGUGUCAAAACGUAUUUUGCGCUGUGAUCCACCAUUCCCCUCUAUGAUUGGACACACUGCUCAGGACCUGCUCAGGAAGUUGUUGGUGAAAGAUCCCCACAAGAGGCUGGGCUCUGGACCACGGGGGGCUGAAGACAUCAAAGCACAUUCCUUCUUCAAGGGACUAAACUGGGAUGACCUAGCCCAGAAGAAGGUGCAGAGUCCAUUCAAGCCAGAGUUGAAGAGUGAACUUGACGUGGGGAACUUUGCUGAGGAGUUCACGGGGAUGGAUCCAGUCUACUCUCCGGCAAGCACGCCCCCAAGCACAGACCGCCUGUUCCAGGGCUACUCGUUUAUUGCUCCCUCCAUCCUGUUCAAUAAGAACGCGGUCAUGGGAGACUUUGUAGAGUCCCAGAUUCGUGCUGAUCGACCAGGCUCGGCCUCUGUCCAACGCAGUGCAAUGUUAGAGGAAUCCCAGUUUUUCCAGCACUAUGAGCUGUGUCUCCACGGGCCACCUUUAGGUGAGGGUAGUUUCUCUGUGUGCAGGAAAUGCAGACACAAGCAAAGUGGCCAUGAGUUUGCAGUCAAGAUCGUCAGCCGCAGAAUGGAGGCAAACACCCAGAGGGAGAUUGCUGCUUUGAGGCAAUGUGAGGCUCACCCAAACAUCGUGAAGCUGCAUGACGUCUAUACUGAUCAGUACCACACAUAUUUAGUGAUGGAGCUUCUGCAAGGUGGGGAGCUGCUAGAGAGGAUCAAGAAGAAGAAACUCUUUGGAGAGGCGGAAGCCAGUCAGCUGUUACAGAGCCUGGUCUCAGCUGUCAGCUUCAUGCACGAGGCUGGAGUCGUGCACAGAGACCUCAAACCAGAGAACGUGCUGUUUGCAGACGAGGGAGAGAGCUCUGUGCUUAAAGUGAUAGAUUUUGGAUUCGCCCGCCUGUGCCCCGCAGGCAGCGCCCCCCUGCAGACUCCUUGCUUCACGCUGCAGUACGCUGCACCUGAACUUUUUGAGAGCGCAGGAUACGACAAGGCCUGUGACCUCUGGAGUCUUGGGGUCAUCCUGUACACCAUGCUGUCAGGCCAGGUGCCAUUUCAGAGCGAGCAGCAGGGGAUGACCUCAUCGUAUGCUGCCGACAUCAUGCAGAAGAUAAAAGAGGGAGAUUUCUCAUUGGAUGGGGAGGCCUGGAAGGGUGUGUCAGAGGAUGCAAAAGAGCUUGUGAAAGGUCUACUGACAGUGGAUCCAGAGAUGCGUCUCAAACUCUCUGAUCUGAAAGAGAACAGCUGGCUGCAAGGCGGAGCAUCCAUGUCCACCACUCCUUUGUGCACUCCAGAUGUGCUGGAGUCCAGUGGGCCCACUGUCCGCACCUAUGUCAACGCCACCUACAAGGCUUUCAACCGCGGUAAGAGAGAGGGCUUCUUUCUGAAAAGUGUCGACAACGCUCCCCUUGCAAAACGACGAAAGCUCAAGAUGACAAGCACAGGUGUAGAGACCCGAUGGAGCUCAUCCUCUUCUUCCUCUUCUUCUUCCACUUCCUCCUCCGCCUCUGCAACACCAUCCAAAGCACAGCCAAAGCAAACUGUGACCCCAAAGCAGAGCUAGCCUAAAUGGCAGUGGGGAGGAAAGUAGAAAAAAUGAAGUGGUAUGUGCUCAUACUGGCAACAAGAUGUCCUCCGGUGGUGAUACUGUCACCCAGUUCCAAAAAACAUACUGACAAACCAAAAGACUGGUUUAGGUUAGUGUUUAGGUUUUCAGCACAAAAUUGAAUUCCACUUUUUACUAACAUGGUAAAGCAACUUCAUUCAUCAUAUCAUCGUGCAUUAUUUUCCCCAAACCACACAUGUAUUUUGGAUGUAAGAUGAGAUGGUAGAGGUCUAGUUCGGCAUCUCUAAGAUGUACAGAAAUUGGUUGCCUUGAGAAAAAUGAAUACAUAUUCAGUAUUCGCUCACUAUAAUGUGGUGACAUCACACACUAAAAGUUAAAAAUGAGACAUUUACCUGUUUUCACUGUGGGUAAGAAACAGUGCCUGGUUAUAUAGGGAUAAAGGGAAAAAGGAGCCAUAAAUGAGCAGAAGCCAUAUAUACAGCAAAGCAGUGAAUAUAUCAAUUGAGCCGGUGUGAAUACACACUUAAUUUGCACAUAGCAAACGAGUAGUCCUUCCAGUAAUUUGCAGAUUUAAUACUUUGAUUGUAUCUAGUUAUUUUUAACUUUGCCACACAUAAUGAUUUGGCCACUGCUUUACAAGUGCUUUGCCACAUGUAGGCACUCUGCUCUGUAAAGAUAGCGAAACGUCUUUUUUUUUUUUUUUUUAACUUUUCUAAAUUGUUUAGGUUGGUCAAAAAUAAUCUAGCUGUUUGCACUAUUUGCAGAGAAUGUAAAUGAUCAAAUGGUUGAAAAGGAAAGAAUAUUUCUGGACUGAGCGCUGAGGGAAAUGCUUGUGAUAUGUAGAACCUUGGAGAUGGCAAAGGAUGAUUAUUGCUGUAGUCGAAAUCUUCUCUAUUGAAUACAGUUUUAACUGUGUGAUGAUCUUCAGUCCAAAGGACACUGACAAAGCAGUGGCACCUCUAAUACACUACCAACUCUACAGAUCCCACUGAACACAACACGGAGCUCAUGUCUUGAUACACUGCUCCGAUAAUGUGUUUUGAUAAACAAUCAGUUUGAUUUGAAGUGGUCGCAGUACUAACUAAGUGUCCAACAGUAGCAGCACCUGUAACAAGAGAUGAAGACACAGAAGUAGUCAUGAUACACAGAGCGAUUUUCUUGUCAUAUUUGCUGUAAAUUACUCGCAUUAUUGUGCCUGUCUGAGGAUUUCUAGCAUGCUAAUCUGUUGUGAUGAUGAAUUAUAAGAACAUUUUCUAUAUUUUGGUAUUUCGGGCUCAUUAAGAAAGUGUCACUCAGAAUGUUUGCACGUAGAUUGGAGCAAAAAUUGAUUUAACUGAUUUUUGAGUGCACAUUGUCUUGGGCUGGUGAUUUUUAAAAGGGUAUUGCAGUUUUCUAUUAGCCUAUCAGACCAGCGCCAAAUGCAGCUAUUACAAAUAAAAACAGAUUUGAUACAGUGAAGUAUUGUUGCCUGUCGAUUACGCUUUGAUUUUAAGAUUUAAGUUUGUUGUCACCUGGGCUGCAUAAGUCACCCAAAUAUGUCUUUUUACAGAUGUGGUUCAAAAUAUUUUAUUGCUUUGAAAUGAAAAUGAUGUUAUACAAUGAUACACUUAAUCAUGACUUUAAAAAUGGUUCUUUGGAGACCAUCCUGCGAGAGCUGUUGUGUAUAUACUCAUCCUUGAUUUAGAGCAAAAAAUGAUGUCUGUAAUGAUUUAAUGGUAUGGUAUAGUCUCCUGAUGUAAUUAUGUUUUUAUUGGAUUUUUUUUUUUUUUUUUACAAGUUGCACAGUUGAUCAAUUAAACACAUUUCAGCUUUAAAGGUGCUUUCACUGAUAUUUAUUACAUGUAAUUGAUUUUAAUGCUGUGGUAAUGGGAUUCAUGUGAAAUUGGCUCUUGUUGUGUACCAGCACCGUGUGUGUGUGCGUGGCUGUGUGAGAGCAUGAGUGGCGCUGGGAGAUUGGUUGUACUGAUAUUUCUGUACCAGAUGAAGCAUUAUUGCAAGUUACUGUAUUAUUUUCUUGUUGUUGUUUGCUGCCUUUGUCUUUUUAAAAGGUAACAGGUUGUUUGUGUUUGAAAAUUGAACAUUUUUACUUAAGAAACUGUGCUUUUAUUGGUGUUGAUAUUCUUUUGUUGUAGUAAAUGAUAUUUUUCUUCUCUCUCUCUCUUUUUUUUUUUUGAGCAUUACUAUUUUACUGAGAUGCACUGUCACUGAUGUCAUAACUGGGAGUUUUAUCUUUUGCACCAAGAUUUUUUGUUUGGUGCAAAAUAAACUACUUUUAAAUAGA